AUCCUCACCCACGGCAUGGUCACCGACUGGUACGGGCUGGAGGAGCUGUGGCACCGCGUCCUCUACCAGAAGCUGGGCGUCUGCCUCGAGGAGGUGGCGGUGCUGGCCACGGACACCCUGCUCUCCCCUGCUGCCAACCAGGAGAAGGUGGCUGAGCUGCUCUUCAAGGGCUUCGGCGUGUCGGCCAUGCUGGUGCUGCCCCGCUCCCUGCUCGCCACCUACUCCUACGGCCACGCCACCGGCAUGGUGGUGGGCUGCAGCGUCAGCACCUCCUACGCAGCAGGGGUGCGGGAGGGCUAUGCGCUGCCCCACGCCAUCUUCCGCCUGGACGUGGCCGGGGCUGCCCUCACCUUCUAG